UUCGUUGUCGUGAUGUCUGCAGUGUGAUUCUCGAGGUCUGUGUCCACAGCAGAAUGUAAUUAAAGAUGUAUGCUGUGCCUUGAAACUCAAUAGGCGACGUGCAGUACAACUGCAGUCUGUAGCUGCUCGCCAGCUAUUACCUCUUGCUCUUUAAGCCUUAAUGCUGAUGUUUGUAACUGGCUUUUUGAAAUGAGAAUUAUGGGCCUUAAAGCAAUCUCAGUUCAAUUUUAAUCCUGCAGGUUUGAUGGUGCAAGUCAUGGAGUCUUGAGACUUCGCAUUCUUGUUUUCCCUGUGAUGCAUGCUUAUUAUCCUUAUAUACUCUACAGCCAGGUAUCUUUUAUGUUUCCUCGUUGAUGUGGUAAUAGUUAUGUUUUGACUCCAAUUUGCGGUUUGUUGGCCAGUAGUAAAUUGAUUAAUCUGCAUCAGGGAGCCUGUUUUUCUGACGAUAAUGCUACCAGCCACCCCUGAGGUCAAUGAAAAAGAAACAACACGCAUGAGAGUUUGUUUUUUGAAGAAGAUCGUCUACCUGAUGAGGGGGAUUUCUUUCCCCGUGUGUCCGUGUCUCAGUGGGCGUGCCAGAUGGGUUAUGACCUCGAGCGGUUUGUGGGCUACGUGAACGAGGGCCUGCUGUGCUGCGUGUGCCGCGAUGUGCUGGAGGACCCCCUGCAGGCGCCCUGCGAGCACGCCUUCUGCAGCUCCUGCAUUCACGGCUGGCUGGUCCACCACCACACCUGCCCCGAAGACAGGCAGGCCCUCGACGCCUCCCUGCUGCGGCCCUUGUUCAGGUACAUGCGCAACGACCUGAGCCGGCUGCAGAUCCGCUGCCGGAACAGGGAGCACGGCUGCGAGAUGGUGUGCUCUCUGGAGUCUGUCGACAGGCACGAGAGAGAGUGCGAGUACAGCCAGGUUGCCUGUACAAACACGGGUGGAGUGUACUUGUGUUACCGAUGUGGUUGUCCGAUGCAGGUGGAGAGGCGGAGCCUGGAGGCCCACCUGUCUGUGUGCGAGUACCGGAGCAGGGAGUGCCCCAACGGCUGCGGCUACACCGUCCUCACUUCCGACGACGCGCCGCACAGCUGCGUGGCCGAGCUGCGCACAGAGCUGGAGCUGCUCAGGUCUGAGAUGAUUUGUAAAGUCGAGGAGGUGAGACAUGAGAUGGAAUCUAGGCUGGACUCCCAGAGGAGACACAUGGUGCAGAAAGAGAGCCUGCUGAAAAACGAAAUUGAAGAGCUGAAGAGCAAGCUGUCCCGGGUGAUGUCAGAUGUCCGGACGCUCAUGGGGGCAGAGCGUCUGCACAGACAGGAGCUGGAGCAGGCUGAGCUGGAGAAGAGGGAGCUGAUGGAGCUGCUGAAGAGCCUGCAGAGAGAGGGACAUGCCUCCGGCGGCCCCAGCUCCAUGGGGGCCCUCCGCAAAGCCACCGCCUCCCGCACACUUGGACGCCUCGACAGUGUGAAGAGGAAGUCCAGGGAGGUCACCGUCAUCUGAGCUGGUGUUUCAGUGGACUCCACCAGGACUGCCUGGGGUCACCUGGGGGUUUGACAAGUAGAGGCUGGGAUAAUGAGCAGCAUUUCAGAUAGCGUGUCGUCUAUGCAACUCUACGCCCUCAGGUCCUCGAUCAGCUGUUAAAACUGCCAUUUCCACUUCUGAAACCCCUGUGUAUUUUAAGCCUUGCUAUCACUGCCGUUUGAAUCCCAAGAAAGGCUUUGAAAAAGCUUAUCGACGAUGGAUGACCACGCUUACUGUAACCAGCUAAGGAACAUUUCAAAUGCAAAGAUGCCACCUGCGUCAUUCCACUAAUACUUUAUUUCAGAGGCCUUUAGAAAAAAAUAUCUUUUCUGAAGUUAAUAUAACUAAAUGUAGUUUUAAAAUGAAUAUUUAGCAUUUUAUAAUGAAAUUGUGCUGGUGUGAAAAUACCCGCAAAUGCACGUCAGUCAUAUCGCUUUUUGUCUCCAUAAGCUACCAUAUGGCCUAUUAUUUUGUUUUUUAUUAGUUUUGUGUUUGUGUGGUUAUUACUAGAUGUCGUUCUGAUUUUUUCCUUAUUUUCUUUUUCUAAUCACAAGGUGAGAUUUGUUCCACAGGUUUAUCUGUGGUGAUUAAGAAUGGAAAGCAAAGGAAAACUGUCAUUUGCUGCAAAUUUACCACUGAAGCACAUUAUGUAUAAAAAAAGAGGAAACAUAGUCACUUUUAUUCAGCAUGUCAGUCUGGAGCCUUUUCAUCUCUGUUCCUGUUACAGUGUUUCGUGUCUUAUGGUUGUUGCAACCAUUGCUGAAUCAGUUUAAUCCUGGCACUCCAACAUGUUAGAAGGAAACUUAAAACUUAGCUUUUAAAAGGGUAUUAAUUUAAUGCACAAGCGACCAAUAUGUCUCACGUUUUGAAUUCAGUCUGGUGAUGCCAAAAGCCUUUGGACUGGAAAAAACCAACCUGCUGUUAACUUUCCAGAUGCUGUGUGAGAGUACACACCUGGAAUAUUUGGUGCUGUUUUUGAGGUUACUUUUCUCUCAAAUAUUAUAAAGUUUAAUGUUAUGUAAAACAUUUUUAAACUUAAAUAAUGUAGCUUUUCUAACCCAGAAGUUUUCAUUAAUACUGAUAUUACUGUUAUUAGAAAAUGUUUGUGUACCAUAUAUAAACAUUUCUUUCAGAGUG